AAAACGCCCCCACUCAGACCACGAUGACGGAUCCUGACCAGACCCUGGCGAGGUGGUGGUACGCUUCCUUUGAUAUCUUAGAUAGACUGCUCGUGUGCGUGGAGGACGGGGUUCGAAUCCCUCAAGAUCAGCAUUUGCAAAUUGUGAAGAUACUAAGGACCAUGCUGAGGAGAUUUCGCUGCCUCCUCCGCCGGGAUGCUGCAAAGGGUUGGCUGACAAACCAGACUGAGCUGAUUCAAUCUUUGGCAGUUCAUUUUUUAAAGAAUGUGAUACUAUCGAGCAGGAGGUCCGAGUUCCUUGCUGGGGUGGAAGCCAACGUUUCUGAAGACGCGGCUCUGCUAGAUGAAUUGCUGGGACAUAGUAAUACUGCAGUGCUGAUGUCUGUGCUGAGGGGAAGCAGCGUUCUGUGGGAGAGGAAGGAAGUCCGACGAAGCCAACUCGGUGCCUUUUGCAUAAUUGCAGAAUUCAUCAUGACAGUGUACUUAGCACGAGCGACGCCCGACGAAGACUGCCAGUGGAGGGGACUCAUGCUAGCCAGGAUGUGGCUCGUCAACUGCCCACAGGAUCGUCGGAAGGAGGUCAAGCUGAAGGUCAUGCGAGUCCUUCCGCAUGUCGUCCCCUGGAAACGUUCGGGAAAGCAGUGUGGCAAAAAAAGAUUUCUGACGAGCAAGCUUUUGGAAGUUAAACUCAUCAAGUUAGUGAAGAUGGCGCCACCAUACCCCGAGGCGGCCGAGGCGGGUCUGGACAAGUUAUUUGAUUCGCAGACCGGUGAGAGAUCGAUUCGGAUUUUCCUGUCCCGUUUGGAAGCUGACAUCCUCCUGCUGCGUCGUUGCCUCUCACAGGUCAGCCGCGCCACAGGGACAAGCGUUGCCAGGAACCGUCUUGCGAGCGCCAGCCUUGUCUCGCGGAAGAUGCAAGAGCCAACGACCACACAGACGACCCAGCUGACACUUGCGAGAACGUCUACUGGAGGAAGACUGAACCAGUUCGUUAGGAAUUUCCUACGGUACAAACAGAAAGAAAAAUAACGUAAAGGGAAAGAAGGAUUACAGAAGAAUCAUCACCCAUAAGAAAGGAGUGAUGGAAGAAUUACACGAGUGAAAUGUGCAAU